UAAACUUCAGUUCACCAACAACCGAUGAAUCGAACAGGAGCGAUAAUAAGCAGCAGUUAUAAAAAACAGUGAUUAUUCAUUUGACUCUUGUUUAUUAUACAGCUAGUAAGUGGGCUUGUAAAUGUUUCACAGUUUGGUUUUCUUAUUUCUGAGGAGAAAAAGGUGAAAUGAAUUUUUCUCCCACAACACUGUACGUGGGUGAUCUGCAGCAUGAAGUAACAGAGUCCAUGCUGAUGGAUGUAUUCAGCCUUGCAGGAGACAUUCACUCUGUCAGUGUCUGCAGGGACUGGAACACCGGCACUUCACUCGGCUAUGCAUAUGUCAACUUUUACCAACAGGAAGAUGCUGAACGCGCUUUGGCGACACUUGAUAGUGAGCUCCUUAUGGGGCAGCCAAUGAGAGUUAGGUGGUCUCAAAAGGUUUCCAGCAUGAAAAAGAGCAGCACUGGAAGCUUAUUUAUCAAGAAAUUGGACAUGGAGACAAUCGACAGCAUGGCCCUCUAUGACCUCUUUUUAAACUUUGGGAGAAUCCUGUCAUGCAAGGUUGUCGCCUAUAAGACAGGGACAAAAGGGUACGGUUGUGUCCAGUUUGAGUCUCAAGAAGCGGCGAAUUUGGCAAAGGAGAAGCUCGAUGGCAAAUUCUUCAACGACAAUAAAGUGUUCAUCGAACACUUUAAGCCCUUUGAGGCACGCCAGGCUGAGACGAACGGCCGCUUACAGAAAGAGACUGUGGACCUCUUUGUGACGAACCUGGAUAGGAAUAUAGAUGACGAAUGUCUGCGCGUGGAGUUCUCCAAAUUCGGAACGGUCACCAAUGCAAAGAUCAUAACUAAUAACGGCCGCUCCAAAGGAUUUGGCUUUGUGCGAUUUUCAUCGUUUGAGGAAGCCAUGCAAGCGAAAAGCGAGCUAAAUGGCCAGAUGUUGGGCCAAAAGCAAAUGUUUGUAGACGUGGCUCACCAGAAGGAAAAACGUCGUCGAACAAAAGCAAAGAAGCAAGUCAAGUAGACAGACAAUAAUAAAAUAAAUGUAAAAAAUUUAAUAAAACUUAUUUGCACUGUA